ACUUUGGCAAGGAAGAGAGUCAAGAUUCGUUUUGAUGCUGAUCCUGCCAAAAGAUCAUGGCUAAUCUCGACUAGUAGGCUCAAUGUUGUAGGUGAAGCGACAGUGGGGGCCCGUUGCGUUGUUGUAGGUGUAUCAAAAAUGCAGGCAAUCGUUGGCAGAGCCGCAUAACGAUUCCCAGGCAUGUUCCAGUAGGUAUUGUCGGCUUGACCUCGGGGAUUGUCGGCUCUGAUCCUCAAAUCGAAAAAACUGCCUCUUGGGAUGUUCUCACAAAAUCAAAACACAAGCAAUCUAAAAGCAAUCAAAAACAACCAACUAUUCUACCCUCCAACGCAAACAUGAAGUUCACUCCCUUGUUCUCCACUCUCUUGGCCACCUCCUUUGUCCUUGGUACUUCUGCUGAAACCUUUGCUAUUCGUGGAACCAAUGACAAUCAUCGUAAGCUCGUUUCCUUUGAUACCAUUCUUUCCCUCUUCACCCCUGUCCUUGAAGUUGUUGUCCGUGGUGCAUUGGGUGCCAGCUUGGAUCCCUUGAGCCUCUCCUUGAGUGUCUCGCAAGAGAUUGACUCAGUGGUCUUUAGUGAAAGUUGCACGGCUGCAGCUACAGUGACCUACAAAGUUGGUGACUUGACAGGGCUUGGUAACUUUGUCAUUGACAAUAUGGCUGUUGUGGAGGGAAGUGCAGACAUUGAUGUGUCCUUGUUUCGAGGCACCACAUGGGAUGCUACCUUCAAUGUUGAAGGUGGCUUGCCUGAAGGUCUUGAAGCCAUUGUGGAUGCCGAAAUCACGGCGGAUGCUUGCGGGGUGCCGUACCAGCAGUCUGUCUCAGGAUUGUUGGAUGCACUUGAUGCCCGUGUCAACUUUUCAGUUGGUACCUCUGGAUCCAUUCCCGGCUUCUUUGGCUCUCCCUCUGUCUCGUCUACCACCUUUGCGGAUGUGGAUGUGACCUUGGGCUCCAUUGAGACCAGCAUUGACUUUGGAAAUGGUGUCGAGGUGGACCUUGCCUCCAGUGGAUUGGAAGGGGCAAUCAUUGAUGCCAUCAUUGAUGCAAUUGUUGGUCCCUUUGCUGACAUUCUCAAUGGUGCCUUGGGUGGAGGCUUUAGCUUGUAAGUGACCCCUCCUUGUCAGAUUGAAGGCAUGAGCAGAAGAAAAGGAAAGAUAUGAACAUGGAAAGAUACAAUAGCAACAUAAUCAAUCAAGAGUAAACGUGUGAUGAGUGAGAC